AUGACUGGUAGCAGGGAAAGUGAAGUCCAGUGCGAGCAGUUAGCAAACCAGAUUAUAUCCUAUGGUGUGAAAGUCUGGAAUUGCGUAUGCGAGUCCAGUAGCGAGAUAAGCUAUCUGAGAUGUAAUAAGACUCAUGAUAAUCAAAGUGGAAAUGCACCAGCGAAGUCAAACAGACACGGAUGGGACAUGGUAUGGAGGAUCGGAAGUGUAUACAGGCCUCAGAAAGGGGCGGACGACCUUCGGAUGACUCAGAUGAGUGUACAGAACUCUUGGAAGAGCAAAAGGAGUGUUGAGGAUUAUAAUGUGUGGUUCCUCUGA